CUUCGCUCCUGCGAGCUGCCAGCGGCUCAGGAUCGGGGCGGCUCGCCGUCCGUCUGUCGUCGGGCUUGGACAUCAUUUUAAACCCCGCUCAGCGAGUCGAACCGGACCUUUUUGUUUGGAGGAACGUGACACCUAUUCAAACCCGCCUUGGAUUUGUCUUGGUGUACAUCUCCGCUAGCGCUAGCGUCUCUUCAGAUGGAGCGGAUGAUUUGGAGACAGUUUCUCCUGUAAUCUGGUCCGUCCUCCAUCCGCUCUGUUCGGAGUUCACCUGGACUGCAGGGGGAACCGUCCGGGGUUCGGGGAGCGCUUUAACCCCCUCCCUCGUCAUACUAUGUCCAGACGAAAACAGACCAACCCCUUCAAAGUUGACUGGCCAUUCCACACCUUGGGCUUAUCAGGACUCCAGCACACCAUUAACAUGGAUGGCAGGGAUGAAUUCACCGAGGAGGGCGAAUGCUGCAACAACAACUUGCAGGAAGUCCAAGGACAGGAUAGCCUCACAGAAGAAAGCGAUAGCGACCCUGACAACCACGGUGAAGACUCGUCCUCCAACACCUCUGCUGACGACCACAUGACCGCCAACAGAGCGCAGUGCCGCCUUCAAGGAGCGGGUGUCAAAGUGGAGAGUGACGAGGGGGCUGACCACAGCAGCAACUUUAUUUGUCCUCUGUGCACGCUGGACUUCAGCAGCCCUGAGAGACUCAUUUCACAUGUCUACCAGCAUACAAGCAUGAUGAGCAACACCAAGAGCUACAUGUGCCCGGUGUGUGGGCGAGGCCUGAGUUCUCCCGGCUCUCUUGGACGGCAUCUCCUCAUCCACUCGGAGGACCGCCUCUCCAACUGCGCCGUCUGUGGUGCACGCUUCACAGACACCAACAACUUUAACAGGGAAAAACUAAAAGAUGUCCUCGAUACAACCAGGAUGGAUGUCACUGGUGGAAGGGAUUCCUGUUCCAUGUCCCAGUCCCUCUCUAGCAGCCCAAUGAGCAGCCCGGGUUCCAGCACGCACUCCUGCCAUGGACUGGGCCCCAGUCCCAGUUCCUGUCAGGGUCCACAUCCGUGUCAGGCUCCUGAUCCCACUUCCAACAUCUGUCAAACUCAUCGUUCCUGUCAGGGCUCCAGCCACAUCCCAAAUCAGUGUCAAGGGCCCAGACCAUGUCACGAGUCAAGCCCUGGAUGUGGACCGUGCUCAGGCCCAGGACCAUGCACGGGGUCCGACCAAGGACCCUCCUUUUCUUCACUGCCUGAUGGACUUCUGUCCGAAGGUCCGUCACUUGCAUCUAUUCCUGAUGCCCUCAACUCCUCCUCUUCAGCCCUUCCUCCCAUACCUGACAUCCUGAGCCCGAUGCCGGUGUAUCCCGCCGGAGUCCUGCUGGUGUGCAACAGCUGCGUGGCCUAUCAGCAGUUAAUGGAGGCCCAGUCACCAAUGCGAAAGUGGGCCCUGCGUCGCAAGAACGAGCCCCUGGAGGCUCGCUUGCAGCGCUUGGAGCGCGAGCGCACGGCGAAGAAGAAUAAACGUGCAUGCGAGACGGACGAGGAGAGGGAGAUAAGGAGGCUGCGGGACCGCGAGGCCAAGCGCAUGCAGAGGAUGCAGGAGACUGAGGAGCAGAGGGCGCGCAGGCUGCAGAGAGACCGGGAAGCCAUGCGGUUAAAGAGGGCCAAUGAGACACCGGAGAAGAGGCAGGCCCGGCUGGUCCGUGAGAGGGAGGCAAAGCGAAUCAAACGUCGGCUGGAGAAGAUUGACCCCGCCCUAAGGACACAGAUAGAGCAUGAUCCUGCUGCGAUGGCCGCCCUUACAGCGGAUAUGAGCCUGUUUCAGUUCCCCUGUCCUAUGCCUGUUCCUUCCAUUGAUAAUGGUCUCUUCAUGAAGCUGCCAUAACUGCUGGAGAAGACCUUCUCUGCUAUAAAAACAUCCCAAACCUGUGCCAUCAAGUUCCCAUGAUCACAGCGGACCAUCCCCGUCUUCUUUUUCUUCCUUAUUCAUCUGCAUUGAAAAGCUUCAUACGAGCUUCUUUACUUUAAUUUAUUAUAGUCUAUAAAACCUUGGGAACAGGGUUGAGAAUGUUUCUUAUUCUAAGAGCAUGUUGUAAAGAGAUUUAUCUGUUGUUCAGUGGACUCUCAGAUUUAACAGUAUGUUCUAGUGGGAGCAUUAUUAUUCUUGCUUCGAAGAGGAAAAAAACUCAUUUGCACAUGGAUCCUCUGUGAGGGUAGUGGGUACCCUGUAGCUGCAGACCCUACCCUCUCCGGUCCUCCCAGCCCAGCCCAGUAACUCGGACUCGCCGGUAGCUAUGCCUCUCUCUCUCUCUCUUUCUCUUCAAGCUGCUGCCGUGGAACGUUCAUGUCCAAACUACUACCUCAUCCGGCGCCAUGGAGGGGCGCUCUCUGUCCUGUGGCUUACUGCGCUCCAGCUCCAAGCUUCCAAAGCUACACACGUACUAUACAAAACUACAGAAGAUGCAGGUUGUUUCCCACACUUUGUUUUGAUAUUCCUCAAUAUGGCACUUUAAUAGGAUACAGGCAUUCAUUUCUGUUAGAUAAACUCUGAAUGUUGUCCUAUUGACCAUGCCCAGUGUUGAAAAGCAUUCCUGUCGUCAUUAUCUUGAUUUUUCUACUUUCUUUUAAAACUCUGUAAUUUAUUGUUUUUCUUUCUGUUAUGGAGCCUUUCCUGGCUCAUAAAACUCAGUCUCUGCUGCUGUUAUUGUACUGUACAUUACAUUAUUUACCUCUGAUAUAUUCUGGGCUCAUUACAUUGAAAAAAAAUCCCAAUAUGUUACCUGUUGACCUCAGAAUUUGUCACACUACUUGAAUUCUGUCUGCAAAGAUCCAUUUGUGUUUAUGCUAAUGAGUAGACAGCUACAUGUUGCCGUUAGCAUUGUACAGAAAAUCAUGCUUAAUUUUAACCUGUUUUGUGCAAUUUCUGUAGCAUUCACGUUUUUUGUGAGCCUGCAGUACUUUUAUGUUCGGUUAUUAUUACCACUUAAAUAUGUUUUUAUAAUCCCAAGUCUGGACAAAGAAAUGAUCGAGUCACAUAAGAGGUGAAAAUGAUUUACAGGUACAUAAAACAUUAGAAUAUCAUCUGAAUGUUAAUGUUUUUCAGUAAUCUAAUUCAAAAAGUUAAUAGAUUCAUUACACACAAAGUGAUGAAUUUCAAGCAUUUAUUUCUGGUAAUUUUGAUUAUUAUUAUUAUUACAGCUGACAAAAUUCAGUUUCUCAGAAAAAUAGAAAAUGACAUAAGACUAAAACAAAACUGGCAGCCUACUGACAAGUGUCCAUGUACUGUACUCUAUAUGCAUUCAGUACUUGGUCGGGGCUCCUUUUGCUUAAUCACUGUAUCACUGCAGCGUGGCAUGGAGGCAGCAGCCUGUGGCUCUGCUGAGGUGUGAAGGAAACCCAGGUUGUUUCAUUAGCGGCCUUCAGCUUGUGUGCAUUGUUGGCUCCGGUUCUUCUCAGUCUAGGCAGGAACCAAGUCCUGCUGGAAAAUGAAAUCGGGAACCCCAUAAAGUUUGUCAGCAGAAGGAAGCCUGGAGUGCUCUAAAAUGUCCUGGUUGAUGACUGCGGUGACCAGCAGACGACAUUGCUCCUCGAAUCAUCACUGAUUGUGGGAACUUCACACUGGACCUCAAAGAACUUUAUUCUGUGCCUCUCCACUCUUCCUCCAUACUCAGAAACUUUGAUUUCUAAUUGAAGUGCAAAAUUCCCUUUCAUCUGAAAAGAGGGUUUGGUCCACUUUCUCCUUAGCCCAGAUGAGAAGCUUUUGACAUUGUCUUUAGUCUAGAAAUGGCUCAGCACAAGGAACACAACAGUUCAAUCUCAUGACCCAGGUAGGUCUGUGUGAGGUGGCCCUGACCCCCACCACAAUUCACACCUUGGGAAUCUUCCCCUAACUCUUAUAUCCUCUCAAGACUGUGGUUGUCAUUGUUGCUUGGUCACUUUUUUUCCUACAAGUUUUUCCUUCCACUCAACUUUCCAUUAUUGGACUUGGAUACAGCCAGCUUUUUAAGUAACAAUAUUUUGUGCCUUAAUCAUUAUUAAAAGUAAACACCUGAUAUAUAUCAGUUUGUGUGUAAUGAUUACAAGUUUCUGAAUAACAUUUCUGAAACAAAUUAACUUUUCUAUGAUACUCUAAUUUACUGAGACAUACCUGUACAAUGCAGUCCACUCAUUUGUUACUUAACACUGACGCUUGUUAGUUUCCAGGAUUUGUUUUUACAACUAUCCUCAUUCCAGCACAUAUUUAUGUAACAUGAUACGUUUGUUUUCUUGUAAAAGUGUUUGCUGUAUUUUGCUGGUAUAAAUUGUUUCAAAUUUUACAUUAGAGGCCAAGUUUGCAUUGUUCCCCUCCAGUUGUUUACUGCUGUAAGGUUACCUCCACUUUUCUUGAUUUCUCUUCUCCAGAUGCAAAAUGUUUCAUUGUCAAACGAGCCGUUUCAGUCUCUCCAAGGACUGGUAGUAUUUGUGUUUGAGUCACUCCUAGUAGAACACUAUCCUACCUGUGAACCUAAAGAAAACAUGAAAUAUGGAUGUGAGUCGGGAUUUUUGGUCUCCUGGUCAGAGGCUUUCCUAGGAGUGCAUCAAACUUCUAUGCAACAGAUUUAUUAUUUGUGAAGGGAAACAAUUUCACUUUCAAAGAAACUAUGCAGAAUGCAACUUCAAAUGUUUAAACUAAAUUCAAAAUCAAAAGCUCAGCUUCUCAGGCAGUUUAACUCAGUGAGAGGGCUCAGAGCCCAGAGAGUCAUCCUGGUCCAUAAAGAUUAAUUUAUAAAUGCAUCACAUCGUGUUCUGGGAAGAGAACAUUAAAUCGGUGUGGAUUUUUGGUUGUAUUUUUAAGGUUCAGCGCAUUGAAGAAACAUUCACACUGCCAUCCCUUACACGACAUUCUCUGCUAAGAGCAAAGGCUUCAGAUAUCAUCUCUCAGCCUAUGAAUACUGGGUAUUCUCAGAGGUUCACGCUUUGAAACUGCUGUGAACCACUUUGUCAUGCAGUGAUCAGAAAGCUGCUUGCAACAGAAGUACUGCGGACUCGGGUGUCGUUUUGUCUUUUGGAGCAGUGUGCUCACUUUGGGUUAGAUUAAUACUGCAUGUCCCUGAAACUGCACUUGUACUAGAGGUGUUCAGUAAGAGCCUGUAUUCUGUUAGUUUUUGCCUGCUUGAUUUUUUUUUAAAAGUUUGAUUCAAAACAAUGUUUAAAAAGUUGGCCUUUUGAUAUUAACGAUAUCCUGAUAUUAUCAGGAUGUUCUCUCAAUGUCCAUGUUUACAAAAUACGUAUCUCUGAAAAAGGCCAAAUGAAUGAGCUAAACUGCAAACAGCAACAUUGUCAUAUCAACGCAUUCUGACUAAAUGGCCCUUUAGGGACACCAUCCUGACUAAAACGAUGUACAGACCAUAAUGAAACCCGGUGAAGAAUGUGGAAAUAAACAGAGUCUAAUAUUAA